CUGGCAACUGUGUGGUGUACACAACACAUCCCAGUGGCUAACUAAGCUAAAGCUAGGCUAACUAGCUUCUACAGACUGACAUGUAGUCAAAUCUACGCUGAGUCUCAAUGAAGGAGCUUCCACAGUGAUUGGGACAUGGAGUUAAGAAAUAUCAAGGACCAGUCUCCAUUGGUCCAGGCCAUUUUCAGCCGAAACACAGAAGAUGUGACAUUUUUGUUGAACCACAAAGAAGAUGUCAAUUCACUGGACCAAGAACAAAGCACACCACUUCAUGCUGCUGCUUACCUGGGUGAUGUCCAUGUUAUGGACCUCCUUAUCAGUUCAGGUGCAAAUAUCAACGCUAAGGACCAGGGGAUGCUGACUCCUCUACAUCGAGCAGCUGCCUCACGAAAUGAGAGGGCUGUGGAGCUGCUGCUAAAGCACAGUGCAGAGGUCAACACACGGGACAAAUUUUGGCAUACACCCGUACACAUGGCCGCUGCAAACUGGGCGACAGGCUGCGCUGAAGCCUUGUUACCGCACGUCUGCAGCCUGGAUGUUACCGACAGAUCAGGAAGGACACCACUACAUCAUGCAGCACACAGUGGCCACGGAGAGAUGGUGAACUUGUUCCUCAGUAAAGGUGCCAACGUGAGUGUUAAAGAUAAGAAGGAGAGGCAGCCGAUCCACUGGGCUGCAUACCUCGGACAUGUGGAGAUUGUGAAGCUGCUGAUGUCGCACAGUGCAGAUGUAACGUGCAAGGACAAAUGUGGUUACACUCCGCUCCAUGCUGCGGCGGCCGGUGGACAGUUAGACGUGGUCAAAUAUCUGCUGAGACUCGGGGUGGAGAUUGAUGAACCCAACCUUUUUGGGAACACAGCGCUCCAUAUGGCCUGCCACACAGGGCAGGACACCGUAGCCACUGAACUGGUGAACUGCGGCGCAAACAUCAACCAGCCCAACCACCACGGCAACACGCCGCUGCAUCUGGCUGCCGGUUCCUCCAGUGGGGUGCUGUGUCUGGAGCUGCUCGUCAACAAUGGGGCUGAUGUCAACGUGCAGAAUAAAGAGGGGAAGAGCCCUUUACAUAUGGCUGCAAUGUACGGACGCUUCACAGGCUCCCAGAUUGUGAUCCAAAAUGGUGGAGAGAUUGACUGUGUCGACAUAAAUGGAAACACUCCUCUUCAUGUUGCUGCCAGAUAUGGUCAGGAGUUACUGAUCAGUACUCUGCUGACGAAUGGUGCUGACAAAAGCAGACAGGGGAUUCAUGGGAUGCUUCCACUACAUUUGGCGGCACUCUUCGGCUUUCCAGACUGUUGUCGCAAGUUAUUGUCUAAUGGCCAGUUUUACAACCUCAUGCCAGCUAUGACGGGUGGAGAGAUGCCACCAGUGGGGUUUGAUAUAAACAUUGCAGAUGAUCACGGGAGGACGUGCCUGCAUGCAGCUGCGUCUGGAGGGAAUGUUGAGUGUCUCAAUUUGCUAUUAAACAGUGGUGCUGAACUGGAUAUUAAGGACAAUUUGGGAAGAUCUCCUCUGCAUUAUGCUGCAGCCAACGGGAACAGUCAGUGCACAAUCUCCCUGGUGAGAGCUGGUGCAGAGGCCAAUGAGCUGGAUCUGACGGGCUGCAGCCCUCUGCACUACGCUGCUGCUUCACACACCUUCUGUGGAGGGGGGAUGAACUCUGAGCCAGACUUCAUUGGGGAAAAGGAACAUGAAGCAUCUUUGUGUUUAGAUUACUUGCUCGACAACGGGGCAAACCCAACUCUGAAGAACAGUAAAGGUUACAGCGCCGUCCACUAUGCUGCAGCUUAUGGGAACAAACAGCAUCUAGAACUGCUCUUGGAGAUUUCUUUCAACUGUCUCGAAGAGGUUGAAAGUAAUAUUCCAGUCAGUCCUUUGCACUUAGCUGCGUAUUAUGGUCACUGUGAGGCGCUGCGUUUGCUUUGUGAGACGUUGGUGAGUCUGGAUGUGCGGGACAUCGAAGGCCAAACCGCCCUCCACCUGGCUGCUCAGAGAGGCUUUUCCACAUGUGUGGAAGUUCUGCUGAAGCAUCAAGCCUCUUACUCACUGAAGGAACACAAGCGCAAGUGGACGCCUCUCCACGCUGCAGCUGCUGAGGGCCAAGUGGACUGUCUGCUGUUAUUGGUCAAUAGGGAACAAAGUGCCGACAUCGUUGACAGUCAGGACACACAGGGACAGACGGCUCUCAUGCUGGCAGCUCUGGGACGUCACACCGACUGUGUCCACAUCCUGUUGGAGAAAAAAGCGAAGGCAGAUGCUGCAGACAAACAUGGCUUCACUGCGUUACACAGAGCUGCCAUGUUGGGCAGUGACGACUGUGUGUCGGCUCUGUUGGAACAUGGGGCUUCAGCUCUGUGUCGAGACUCUCAGGGAAGGACUCCACUGCACCUCGCUGCAUCCCGCGGCCACACGGAGCUGCUCCACACUUUGCUAAAGGCUGCUAAGAAAGCUGACCCUCUGGACUCCAUGCUGGACCACAGGGGCUACACACCCACCCACUGGGCUGCUUACCACGGGCAUGAAGGAUGUUUACACAUUUUACUUGAAAACAAACUUUAUAGCAACCAGGAGGGAAAUUCAUUCACUCCAUUGCACUGUGCUUUAGUUAAUGGACAUGAUGUUGCUGCAGGACUUCUAGUGAAGACUGUUGGCUCUCAAAGUGUCAACAUCAGUGAUGCCAAAGGAAGGACCCCGCUGCAUGCAGCUGCUUAUUCAGGAAAUGUUGCUGGGCUCCAGCUGGUCCUGGCCCAGGGAGCAGAGGUUAAUGCUGUGGACCACAGUGGAUGCUCUGCUCUGAUGGUUGCUGCUGACUGUGGACAGACCAUGGCUGUUGAGUUCUUGCUGCACAAUGCGAAGCCAGACCUGACCCUGGUGGAUGUCAAUAAUAACACAGCCCUUCACUUAGCCUGCAGCAAGGGUCAUGAGAUGUGUGCCCUGUUGAUCCUGGGGGAAAUCACUGACUCCUCCCUCAUCAAUGCCAGAAACAACGCUCUUCAAAUGCCCCUUCACAUUGCAGCAAGAAAAGGUCUGGCGACUGUCGUGCAGGUGUUGCUGAGUAGAGGAGCAGCAGUCAUGGCCGUAGAUGAGGAGGGCCACACACCAGCUCUGGCCUGUGCACCGAACAAAAACGUAGCAGACUGCCUGGCCUUGAUCCUCUCCACCAUGAAGCCUUUCCCUCCCAGAGAGGCCGGCACAACCUCCAACUUCUGCCCCAUCCUGAAGAACUGUGGCAUCGCUGCCACUUGUGGGUCCAGUGGAAAUCUGUGUCACGCCUAAAUCAACGACCGCACAGAUACCGUUGACCUGACAGAGCGAAGGUUCACCCCAGUAUAGCCCAAAGGCACCCCACACACGUCUCCACGAACAUGUGUGGUCAUGCAUAGCUUCUUCUCUCAUGUCAUGACAUUUCUACAUGUGUCAUGCAGCUGCACAUACUCCAUAUACUCAUGUACCAGUAGCAGCGACUGCCUCUCUUAAAUCUAGUCUUACCCCUUACUAAUAUUAGCAGACCUCUUAGAUUAUUUUCUCUGUUGCGUGUUAUUUUAAUGAAAUGUUAACCAUUAGAAAUGAAUGGAAGGUUUAACAUGAGCACAUUACGCAAUCCUUCCCACCUGAACCCUGUCCACCGUCAGUAUUGGCUAAUUUUUGAGCUCUUUAACCACCAAAGCCUGAAAUCUCCAUGUUGGUCCUCAGCUGAUACAAGUGCAAGAACGUUCGGUUGUUUGUUGUGUGUGUUUGAUUUACGUGCGUGUCUGUCAGUGCUAGUUUGCAUAUUAGACACUGCUUCUUAAUUUGCUUGUUUAAAAUAUCUAACAGGUACUGUAAGCCUUUUAUGCAAUCAAUAAGACUCUAUUUUCUUAUCCUGCACAGGGUGUAGCAAACACUACACUGAUAUAAAUAACCUUAUUAUUCUAAUAUUAUCAUGAUUUAAAUUUCACUUUCAGUUACAAGCAUGUCAAUAGUUUUAAUGAUAUAGUUUACAGAGUGUAGUGUAUAUAUAGUUCUUAAUAUGAAGUUAACCUUUUACUUGUAUUAUCUUGAAAAACCCAAAUUAUCGAUAAUUAACCUCAGGUCAGCGUGUACUGUACUGUAGGUGCAAUAACAAGCACAUCUUGAGCUGGAUGAUUCACACUAAGUGUAAAGUACGAGAGAAGUAUUAUAUAUCAGUUAAAUAAGCCAAUAAGAAAAGGGUUAAAGACUUAACUGUUUUUUAUGUUGCUAUACAGUUUGAAUUCACAGGAAAGAAAAUCUUUCAGGCUGAAAGUCUUGUGUAUUUUGCAAAUGUGUCAUUUUACCAUAUCUCCAUCUAAAUGUUAAUUAGCUUUAUGAUUUUUAUUUUUUUUUUAAUUAAUGGUUAAAGUGCAAAAGCCCACAUCACCUUUUUUUUCUUAAUGGCAGUUAGAGACCCAAAGAUAACUAAUAUCCUCUAAUGUAAAACCAAAAAAGCAGAAAAUCUCUCAUUUGAGAACACUAAACUAAAAAAAAUGGCAAAAAAUCUACAGGUUUUCAACUUUCUUAUUACAUUAUUUGGGCGAAAUCUCUUUAAAACACUACAUUAGGUGAAAUAAUUUAUAAUUAGGGUUUUUGUGUGAUUUUUUACACAAGUUCUUUGUUUAGUGGCCCAGUGGAAAAAUCCCCAGUGUAAGCCAUUUAUUUGAGUAUCCAGUAUUUACUGACAUUCAAUAAAUUUAGUCCUACUAAAUAUUUGAAAUAUUUUUUGAUCAAAAUAAAGAAAACUGGCAGAGUUCCAUAUCAUUGAGUUUAACUUGAUAAGUAUAUAUGUGCUGGUACAAACAUGUCACUGCCUUUCUCUUUAAACAUCAUGCUUUUGUAAAUGGUGCUGUGCAUUAAAUGUUUACCCUUUUUAUAAUUUGAAAGUUAUUUACAGCCUUUGCCCCUUUUCUAAUCCCCUGUCUGUUUAAACUAUUUGCACUCUGACAUUAAAAGUUUACAUUUUGCAGCAGGGUAUCCUUCUUAGACUUAUGCAACUAUUAUUUCAUAUUUGAAAGUGUGUUUUGGAAAGUUAACACUAGAAGUGAUCUCGUCUUCUCCCUUGUUUCAAUUGAAAAAAAAAAAAAUUAAUGGGAAAAAUCUGUUUGGCAUUUCUGAACACAAGCUGCAGUGAAAUGUGAAUAAUGUUCAUCUUCAGGAAUUGCUCUGUUGCAGCGUUUCAUGUGAACAAACUGUCUUCCAUACAUCUCACUGAGAUUUCAGGGUGUAAUAACUUCAAUACUCUGAGUGGUUUCGUUGUGGUUGGCAUUAAUAUGAAAAUAAAUAAAUCAUUACCAUCUGA